AUGAUUGAUCUUCAAGCAAGGCCACUUAGGGGAUUCGAGGUGAUGAUUGGAGAAGGAGGUGUUCGCGCAAUACUCCCGCUUUUCGAUACGAUAAACAAUUGGAUUGGCAAGCCCGUUGAUGGAUUGUAUCUCUACGGGUCCGUGCGGAUUUCAACGGACAAUGAGAUACUAGGCCUUUCGGCUGAUUUCGAUGUGCUGCGCACCGGUGCUUUCCAUGCCCGGGCUCUAAGCAAAUCGCUGCUGCCCACACUCCAAGGCUAUCAUGGGCAGUGCUAA